AUGAGAUUCGCAGUCACUAUAUUGUCAUCAAUUCUGACUGUUUGCUCAGUUACUAUUGCUAAUCCGAUUCAUUCCAGUGCGACUACAGAUGCUGAACAUGAUCCUUUGACAAUUGUUUCCAGUACGACUGCAAGUACCGAAUAUGACUAUUUGACAGUUGUUCCCAGUUCAACUACAAGUACCGAUUCUAGCCCUUCGUCAACUCCUAAUACAAGCGAUGUAGACCCAAGUGAUUCUGAUUCUGAUUCUGAUUCAACUCCAGAUGGCGUCGAUGAAUUGCUCAAAAGAUACUCGAAAAAGCAAAAAGAUUAUAGCAACAAAGGGAAAGAAUGCGAAUUCAUAGAGCUUCAAUAUGGUAAUCAAAAAAGCCUGAUAAACCGUUUGGAGAAAAAAGUUGCCGAUUUGAAAUCUAAACACCAAAAAAACAAGAUCAAGCUAAGAUUUGGUGGUGGCAGGGAAGUAAAGGAGCUUGAGGAUCGGCUUAAAACAGGGUAUCCCGAACUUUCUGAGCUUGAAAAAAAAAAGAAAAAAUGCAGACUCGAGCAAGAAAAUAUUGAGUAUGAGCUAGACCUCAUCAAAUUGGCAAUGGUGGGGUGCAUUUUCACAGAAUCUCCCAAUACUCAAUCACUUAAUGAGCGAUUUUCGCGUACGAUCUCACGUCCUCUCGUUAGGGAUUACAUUGAAGCAUAUGAAGAGUCAUCAGGAUGCACGGAUGACUUUGGCCAAGAUCCUAGUGAGCAACAACAAAAUCCUAGUGAGGAACAGCAAGAUCCUAGUGAGGAACAACAAAAUCCUAGUGAGGAACAACAAAAUCCUAGUGAGGAACAACAAGAUCCUAGUGAGCAACAACAAGAUUCUGAUAUUGAACAGCAGCAAGAUCCUAGCGAGCAACAGCAAGAUUCUGAUAUUGAGCAACAGCAAGAUCCUAGUGAGCAACAACAAGAUUCUGAUAUUGAGCAACAGCAAGAUCCUAGUGAGCAACAACAAGAUUCUGAUAUUGAGCAACAGCAAGAUCCUAGCGAGCAACAACAAGAUCCUAGUGGACAACGAAAAAGUCAAAAUUCGCGACCAUCGCCAAAAAUACAGUCUAAAUAUAAUUCCUUUAAACAAAGAGCUUCCACCUUUGGGCAGAGAGUUUCCGCCUUUGGACAAAGAGCUUCCACUGGUAUACGUAGUGCUUUCUCUAGACUUGGUGAAAGAGUUAGAUUGCUUAUCGGACGGCUUAGGUGUGACAAUAAAUCCGAAUGUUAA